AUGUCGCAGGAGGAACUAAACGAGGCUAAGAAGGCAGUUUUCAUUAGCGCCAUGUAUGAGGACAUUACUCCUGUCAACUCGCCACCGCGUCCGUCAACAGAGUAUGAUCCAAUCAGUGAAGAUGAAGAUUGGCCGUCCAUUGGAUCCGAGUUAGAAAAUGAGCUUUUGAACUCAACAAAUAACGCCGAAGUAAAUGCGUUUUUAGAAGACAUUUUAAAUGGCAGUGAGGAUGUGCAUUCAAACCUCAACGAAUCUAGAGACUCGGAAAAGAGCGUUGCGGAAUCGAUGCCAAAUUCAACCACAGUGACGGAAACCAUAAUUCUAACCAGAAAGCUAAAAAUGACCAAGAAAACCACCUAUCAUAGUGACGGUAACUCGGAAAUUGUUCGUGAUACCGAAAUCUCACAUUCAGAAACUGUGAAUCCUGAUGAAGUGGACCUUGUGAGAUUUGCGACUGACAUUUUAAAUGAAGUGCCAGAACACUUUCGUAAUCAAAAUGUGAGAAUUGUCGAAUUAAAGGAUUAA